AUGAGUAGAAGACGUUCUACGUCAUCUAGUCAUAACCUAAGUGGUCAAAAUCACAAUCAUAAACCAUGUCUCAACCAUCAAAUCAAUCAAAAUAUCCCAACAACAUCAGAAAUAUACAAUCAAGCUUAUCAAACUUUAACUAACAAUGAUUAUUAUCAAAGUGAUAGUCUUCAAAACACACCAGUACCAAAUUAUCACUCGAUUCCUCCUCCACAUCGUAACAAUUUAAAACCAGUUAAUUCCCCACUACGUCGACCCCAUUCAUCAACAGAUGAUCUUUCUGAAUUAGAAGAUUGCGAAAAAGAUCCAUCCACAAAAUUAAUCUACCAUAAUCGUAAAAAAACAAAAAUGAAUAAUAAUACUAAGAGCAACAGCAUUCAAAUAAACAACUUGAACAAACCACGAGCUUCACCAUCACCAGAGCAAUCACAUUUACAACAACAACAAUCUACAAAUACAAAUACAACAACACUUUACCAACUAGGGUGUGGGUGUGGGUGGGUGUGA